UGAAUCACUUUACAUACUUUUCUUCAGAUUGUUUUAUAAAGUGGGAGUGGUUCCAGGGGCGUGCAUGGGAUUUUUAUCUGCUCCUAACACAGAAUCCUCAGUAAACAAUAUAUGUGGAAAUUGUUGGAGUGGGACUCAGAGACUUCAUCCUGCACCAUGAGAAUGGAUCAGGGACAGAACGGAGGCGAAGACACUACCCUGGAACUGGAAUCAGAGCCUGAAAGUCCUUUAGCACCUCCUGCAGAUCUGUUAGAGCCACUGGGUCAUUAUGAGUGGACUUUCCGAGAUCUUGGCAGAAAAAAAUUAGUUCCGCCUCCAGAGGUAAUGCAAAAGUUUAGCGAACAGAGAAACAACCCAGUAUUUCUGCAAUGCAGGAUCCCAAGAAUGACAGAUGACAUGGCCAGAAAUGCGCUCUUCAGCUUUGUCAAUUCCAAAUGUUGCUAUGGCAACAGAGCUGCAGGAGAGCUUGUCAUUCAGGAACUGAAGCCGCAAACAUUGUACAGGUAUCGGCUGGAAACCUUUACUGAAACAAGAUUGUGUGAAUGGACUUUUGAGCCUUAUGCCAAUAUUUUGGUAGAUGGGCCACAAAAUGGCGCAUCUCCUCAACCAUGGGAUGUUAAAGUCCAAGUUCCACAGAUGUUUCAGGAAGAUACAAAAAAGUUUCGCAUUCCUCACUCUUCUUUAGUAAAGGAAUGCCACAAGUGUCAUGGUCGUGGCCGAUACAAAUGCAGUGGGUGUCAUGGUGCCGGCAGAAUGAGGUGUGUGACAUGCAGUGGAGCCAGACAUAAAGCAAAAGCGAAACACCUGAAACAUCAAAAGCGAUGCCAGAUGUGUUCAGGUAGUGGACGUAAGAGGUGCAGCACCUGUUCUGGAAGAGGCAGCAAAACCUGUACGACGUGCCAUGGAGAGAAAAAGUUGCUACACUACAUCCAGCUAACAAUAACUUGGAAGAACAAUGUAUAUGAAUUCAUUUAUGAGAAUCAGUUGAACUUUCCCAGAGAACUACUCAGUAAAGUUACGGGAGAUAACAUAUUUAAAGAUGAGAACGCUGUGGUGUACCCCCUUCUUGACUUCCCUUACCCUGAGAUCUCUCUGGCAUCUGAAAGAGCUAUUGCAGAGCACAGGGCCACAUUCACCAACACAUCCCGCAUUCUGCAACAGCGGCAGAUGAUAGAGCUAAUUCCAGUCACUGAAGUCCACUACCAGUAUGCUGAGAAGACAUACAUGUAUUACGUCUAUGGAAUGGAGAACAAGGUCCAUGCCCUGGACUAUCCAGAGAGGUAUUGCUGUGGCUGUACCAUCAUCUGACAGUGGGACACUUUGCAAGGAGGAUUCCUAGUAUGAAGCAAGCUUUUCAUCUUGCUUAAUUAUCCACGGGUGUCUGUGGGUACUAAUCAAUUCAUCUUUUUACCCAUCUGUAGCCCCGUCUUAUUUUCGCUUGCCCAC